UCCCAGCAUGCCCCGAGAAAAAGCAGAGGAGAAAGCAGCAUGGCAGCACAGCCCUGAGCAACAUCAGCCAUGCGGGUGACACAUGGCAUCGUGAGGGUCAAAAUCACCAAGCUGGGGCCGUGCCGUUAUGUCCCCGCCCAACGCCAGCAAAGAGGGACUUUGCCAUCAGCCUCACAUGCCAGGAACAGCAGGAUCAGAUGGAAGAUCGAAGACAAGCCAGUCAAAGUGGACAAAUGGGACGGGUCUGCCGUGAAGAAUUCCUUGGACGACUCUGCCAAAAAGGUUCUCUUGGAAAAGUACAAGUACGUGGAGAACUUCUGCCUCAUAGAUGGCCGCCUCAUCAUUUGCACGAUCUCCUGCCUUUUUGCCAUUGUGGCUUUAAUCUGGGAUUAUCUUCAUCCCUUCCCCGAGUCCAAGCCAGUCCUUGCCGUGUGUGUCGUGUCGUAUUUUGUUAUGAUGGGGAUUCUGACCAUCUAUACCUCAUACAAGGAGAAAAGCAUCUUCUUGGUAGCACACAGAAAAGAUCCCGCAGGAAUGGAUCCCGACGACAUCUGGCAGCUAUCGUCAAGUUUGAAAAGGUUCGAUGACAAGUACACCCUGAAAAUGACGUUCAUCAGUGGCAGGACCAAACAGCAGCGGGAGGCGGAGUUCACGAAAUCCGUCGCAAAAUUCUUUGACGGCAAUGGUACCUUAGUAAUGGAAGCCUUUGAGCCAGAAGUCUCCAAGCUGCAUGAUAGCCUGCUCUCAGAACGGAAGAUGAAGUAAUGCACCACCCCGCCCGGUGUCCACCGUCCCGCUGGGCUCGUGCUGAGUUUAAGCCAAUAAAGCAAAAUAGCAACAGAUGCGAGCCUUAGUUUUUGUCCAGAGGUCCCCUCUCUCCUUCCCUUCUUUUCCUCUCUCUCUGUCCCUCUCCAGAGAAGAACGGUUUUAAAAUUUAUGACCUGCAAAUUCCAGGUUAACCUUGGCUUUGUCUUGCUCUGGGGGUUAACAUCUUACCUGCUUUGACAAGGUGCUUUGCAACCACAGUUUUGAAGCAGGAGAAGGGGCUGCUGAAUCUUUUAGAACAGGCUCCCCCCCCCAAGUGUGGUACCACCCAGAUGUGUGGGAUGAGAAUGCCAAUCAUGGCAGUGUUGCCUGGGGAUGAGUUGUGGUUUAACACAUCUGGAGGACCCUAAGUCAGAGGCAACCGCUGUGUAAGUUUCUUCUCUUCCUUUUUAAAGCUAGCAGUCCUUUAUAAGGCAGCCCUACCCUUGGGCAGAGUUCACCGCAAAGGCCAUGCUGAUUUAAAUAAAUAUAUAGAGAUCUAUAUAUGAAAUAUAUAUUUUGUCCCAUCUUCUGGAAGGGAUUGAUUCCUUAAUUUCUUAUGUUGGCAAUUCAGGGCGCUGUAUCCAUUAUUAAACAAAUGUUGUCCAUUUUGAAGCAAGUUUUCUUUAUUUUUUAUAUUUAUCAAAGACAGGAAAGGGACAUGCUUAAAAAAAAGCUUUUUAUUGGCUGGGGGAGAGACCUCGGCGUUGGGUGGGGAAGGUGGAACUAUCCAGACUUGGAAGCGAGAUGGGUUGGCUGGGGGUAUUUCGAGAAAACUGCAGAGUUUGAACAAAGAAAUGGCAAGGAGUUUUAAAAUGUACUUCCAUGUGGGGAAGGUAGCUUUUUGGGGGGCAGGGUCCAUCUGGUGCACUUAUUCAUGCUGAAGAACCUUUUUUCCCCCCUUAUAUAAACUGCCGUUUUCUAAAAUGUCUUUUUUCCAAUAAAAGGAACAAACUUAAGUUUAAA